GUUGGGAACAGAGCCAUCCCUGUGGAAACCAACAAGGUGAGGCUAAGUCUUAAGAAAAACAGUUUGCAGGUAAACAUCCUACCAGACCGACAACUGGCUGGGACAGAGAGGUGGCUGCAUCACCAGGACAGGAGCCUACGAGGGAAGCAAAACCCAGCUGCGUUGGAGUUGUCAGUCCCAGAGGGGUGUGUUUUGCGGUGCUCGUCUCUGGCCUGCCCUAGGGCUUCAGCUGUUACAAGGACUCUGGAAGGAAGCUGCUCACUGCUCUCUGCUUAGACCUAGCCAUGACAAGGACGUCUACGUGCGUAUACCACUUGUUUGUCUUGAGCUGGUAUAUCUUCCUCAACUUUUAUAUCUCACGAGAAGGAGAGGAUCCGCGGAACUCCCAAAUCUUUCUAAAUGGGGGACAAUGGAAGUACCUAACAUUCCUUAAUCUGCUCUUGCAGGCCAUUUUCUUCGGGGUGGCCUGCCUGGAAGAUGUGCUGAAAAGAACCAAAGGGAAAAAAGACAUUAAGUUUGUAACAGCCUUCAGGGACCUGCUUUUCACCACACUGGCUUUUCCGAUAUCCACAUUUGUAUUUUUGUCAUUCUGGAUUCUCUUUCUCUACGAUAGAGAACUCGUUUACCCUAAGGCCCUAGAUAACAUCUUUCCAGUGUGGUUGAAUCAUGGAAUGCACACGUUCAUCCUGCCCUUCUCGCUAGUCGAGGUCAUCCUCAGACCACACCACUACCCACUGAGGAAGAAAGGACUCACUCUGUUGGCCGCUGCUUGCCUCGCCUAUGUCAGCAGGGUCCUAUGGAUCUACUCUGAGACGGGUACAUGGGUAUAUCCUGUGUUUGCCAAACUCAGCCCAGGGGGUCUAGCAGCCUUCUUCUCUCUCAGCUACAUCUUUACCAUCGGCAUCUACCUAUUUGGAGAGAAGCUCAACCACUGGAAGUGGGGUGAUACAAUGCAACCGAGGAAGAAGAGGAAGUGAUCAGACACUGUUUUGCAAGAACUAAGAAGGAAGAAAACAUGAGAAUUUUUUCCCAUCUUUUUUUUUUUUUCCUGGUAGGGGAAGGUGGUAGAGCAACAUAGGAAAGUAGAAAGGACAGGGAAUAAUAUAUAAAUUUUAAAAAGAGGGCUAUGAAGGUAGGGGAUUAAUUUGAGGACUUUGGGCUUUUGGAAACAUUUGCCCCCAAAACAAUUCCUGCUCUCUCAGAAUGUGUUACCUCUGUCCGACCUCUGGGGAGGAUGGUCUGUGGUCAAGGUCUCCCGGAAGGCCAAAGACACUUGUGUAAAUGCGGUGUCAGAGAAUGUUUAAAGAGAAAGGAACUUAGGGUCAUCCACACUCUUCACAGAGAAGGAGCCUGAGGACCUAGACGGGAAGUUACCUCAUGCGGCCAAAGCUUUAGUGUUAGAACCAAGACAACAACUUUUAUCUCCCAGACCUGCCAACUCCCAGUCCUGGCCCAUGUCUGAAUAAUCCCAAUUUUCCUCAAAAGAAGCGCUUUAAUAAGCUAGUUAUUUUCAUGGAUUUCUCAUCUAUUUUUUUUUUUUUUCCUGUAAGUGGAAAUGUAGGAAGAUGGCUGCUGCUAGCAAAUUAACUGGGGCAAUGAGAAAAUAAGUUAUAAAAAUAUCGGGAAAUCUAUCCCUUUGUAAGCAAGCAUUUGGGGCAAGUAAACACGGAACACAGGGACAUUGUUAGAAUCUCUUACAUGGGAAUACUGAUUGAUUCGUUAAAUAAAUGAUCAUUUUACUUCAAUCUGGACAAUCUGGAUGGGAAGUGACAUGAUUAUGACUGCUGAGACUGCUUUGGUACGAGGCACUUUGCUGAGUUGCUGUUGUUGUUCAGCUGCUCAGUCGUGUCCGACUCUUUGUGACCCCAUGGACUGCAGCACGCCAGGCUUCCCUGUUCUUCACCAUCUCCAGAAAUUUGCUUAGACUUAUGUCCAUUGAUUCAGUGAUGCCAUCCAACUCAUCUCGUGGCUUAGGUUAUGGUUUAAAAAAGCUGAUUGUCAGCUGAUUAACGAACAUGUUCAUAAACCUGCUUUAAUUUUCCUAGA